AUGGCUUGUUUAAGGUUUCGCAAAGACAAGAAGACGGCCCGAGAAGGGGGUUUCAUGCGAAGGAUGACAACCGGGUUCAACGUUAAACUCCCCACGUCAAGCAAAGCGGGAUCUGCCAUGCUCAAUGUCGCCUUCCUCGCAGGGGCACUCGGCGGGAACGUUCGGAGCCUCGUCACCAACAAGGCCGCGAUGACGGGUGAUGUAAAGGACCUCCAAGGAAAAUACGUGCCUUAUCACGAGUCCGUUACGAGGCACGUCAAGCACCUCUACGAGCAGGCCAAAGGCAGGCACCCUCUCCUGUUACGCGAGGACUUCGCCGCCUAUAUCAAGAAGAAGCAGGGAGUCGACAUCUCCGAUCUGUUAACGCAAGAUGAAUACAAUCUGAAGGAAUUCUUCUGGAUCUGGAGCAGCAAUCCGUCGAUAUGGGAUGCCGUCGGGAGGUCGCGACAGGACGACGUCGACACAUCGAGGCCCCUCAGCCAUUACUUCAUCAGCAGCAGCCACAACACGUACCUUACUGGUAAUCAGCUCACCUCUGACAGCUCGGCCCGAGCAUAUCGGGCCGCGCUGAAGAAUGGAUGCCGCUGCAUCGAGAUAGACGUUUGGGACGGGCCCACCUCUCGCACCCCGUCGAGGUCACCGAAGCCAGGACACCGGAAGCAGUUCUCGUCAGCCUCGAUCCCGCGCGUCGGAGAGAAGCUCGACGUGCUCAUGAGUGGCAGAUCGAGCCGGCAUAGCCGGAGCCCGAGCGCUCACCAGACGUCCUUCCCAGCACCAGAUCCCCGAGAAAACAAUUCCUCCUUGGACCCAAAGGAGCUAACUGACCGCCUCGAACGGUCCAAAGAGUCGCCUCGGCCCACUUUCAGUGGGGAGCCGGUAGUGCACCAUCACGGGACCAUGACGUCCACCGUGAAGUUCCGGGAUGUGUGCCGCGUCAUCCGAGAGACGGCAUUUGAGACGAAUCCCUUGCCGAUCAUUGUCAGCCUCGAGGUCGGUGCGAGCCGGGAGCAGCAGGAGCUCAUGGUGCAGAUCAUGAAGGAGGAAUGGGGCGACUUGCUUCUCGACAAACCCUUGGAAGGUUGCGAUCCCCGGGAGAGACAGCCCAGGCUGGAGGAGCUGUAUUACAAGAUUUUGAUCAAAGUGAAGAGACUAGAGGACAAGUGCAAGGUUGCGGACGAUGCCAAGGUCAAGGGCGAGGCUGUUGAUGUCGACCGAGGACGUAGCCGUGGGAUCGCGAUCCGCGCCAAGCCGCCAAUCUGCGAAUCCCUCGCGGCUCUGGCUAUCUACACCCACAGCGAACACUACGACGAUGUGGACUCGCUCAACUCCAAGACGCCAAGCCACAUUUUCAGUCUGAGCGAGGAGUCUUUCUCAGAACUCACCAAGUACCCUAGCAAAUUCCAAAGACUCCUCGCGCACAACCGAGAUUUUUUUAUGCGCAUAUAUCCGAGUCCGAUGCGAGUCAACAGCAGCAACCCCGACCCGACCAUCCACUGGCGGAGAGGGGUGCAAAUGGUGGCCAUGAACUGGCAGAAGACGGACGAGGGCAUGAUGCUUAACGACGCCAUGUUUGCCGGCACUAACGGCUGGGUGCUCAAGCCGCCCGGCCUGCUCAGCGACAAGCCCACGGGCGGCUCCCAUCGCGUCAACAUGGACCUCAAGAUCAAGGUGCUCGCCGGCCAGUUCCUACCCCGCGGCGACAAGGACAGCGACUCGGAGAAUGGCGGCGUCGUGGCAAGAGGGGAUAAGAAGUUUCGGCCGCGGGUCAAGGUGGAGCUGCACGUCGAAAAGGCCCACAACAAGGAGAAGGAGUAUGUGCGUUGGACGUCCCGCAGCUCGACCGAGCACCCGGACUGGGGCUUCUAUGUCCCCAACCUGAAGUUCAACUGCGUUCAAGACGUUGUCGAGGAGCUCAGCUUUGUCAGGUUCAAGGUUUUCCAGAGUGCGAACAAACUCCGCGACAAGCCGGUUGCCUGGGCCUGUAUCCGUCUUGAUCGCCUCCAGCCGGGAUAUAGGUGCAUCAACCUCUUGAACCCCGAGACGCGCAAGGAAUGUGGAGGCCAGCUCUUUGUGAAGAUCAAGAAGGUCAUGCAGACAUGA